UCAAAGCUAAGACUAAGUUUAAAGUACAAAGAACAGGAGUGACCAAGUUUCAAGUUUAUUCAACAAAUUCUCAGUUUGUAUACAUUCAAAAACAUGAGACCAAGUUGGAUUUAAAAUGUCAUAUAAACGAGCUAUUUUGAAUUUAGUAUUCGGGUUUGUCUUUCAUCUAAGGUUCCAGUGCUGCCAUUCAAAUACAAAUGAAGUUUUUGACAAUCUCAGGUAUAACACAGGUGUUGUCUCCUGGGUUCAAGCUACUAGACAAUGCAGAGACAGUAUCACAACUCUCGUGCAUUUUAAUCCAGAUCCAAGCAAGAAUCAUCACAACAUUUCCGUUGUCAAGCGCUCUGUCCACUUCCACUAUGAUAAUGAAAGUUGGGUAGGCGAUUAUACCACAUUUGAAGUAAUUAGCGCACAAGGUGUAAAACCAAACAUAAACAUGCAUCAUUGUGUUGCAAUGCAUGUUACACUGGAAAAGGUACUUCCUAACAACACAUUGCUGUAUGAAUAUGACCUGGUAACUCAGAACUGCAGUUCCAAUAUAUUUGCAGUAUGUACGGGUAAGUCAUUGUCAACCUACUGA